CAUUACGAAAACACAAGCGCAUAAAUGUCUCCCCGCGAUAUUUUCUUGAGAAAUGACUUCUACAAAUGAUGGAAAAGAAGUGAAAAGUAAUCAAACGAGUGGCCACAAAGGCAAAUCGUAUUACAUUGAUCUUUACAAGUCGCUAGAAAAACACCUGAGCGAGGAGUGCGAGUUGCGCGUGCGCACCCAGCACCUGUGUUCCGCGUGGCGGCGCGUGCACACUCUGUGCCAGCACUCCGCGCCCACCACACAUCCACACUACCUCGCCUGGCUGCAGAGGCACACCGCUAACACUCUCUUACAGUCUGAAUGGCAAUCGGAGAAAGAUGAACACAAGAAACUUCACGAUGCGAUCGAGUCGUUCAUCGCUGAGAGUAAGGCGGCGGUCGCCGCGAGGAAUGGCUCCAGCCCCGCCUGGGAGAGCCAGCUGGUGCAGAGGGGGGAGUGGUUCAAGAGGAUCCUGGGGAACCCCUGGGGGCACCCGGUGCUCAAGUUGCUGUGCGACCCGAGGGGGGAGCAGCCCAGUGACAAGGACAUUCUAGAAUGGCUGAAAGAAGAGCGGGGGGUAAUGUUCGUGACGCGGCUCCGUCACCUCGCCGCGUCUCGGAAGUGCCACGAGAUCGCUCUAGCGCUCUCCUCCGCCGUCAUGCACCGUGUUCGGGCUUCGGAGACUGUUAUACCGGAUGCUGAACAAGCUGAUGAUCAAGAAACCACACAUUCAGAAGGCAGUCAAUCCACCUUCAAAGAAAUCCUUCGUUUGGAAGCUGGUUUCACUGUGGACGUGUGGGAGAUACUCACGGACUUGGAGUUAGUUCUGCUGCACAAACGGGACGAGCAUGCCCAGUGUAUUGCAUUGGCAAAGAGAAUCCCACUGCGAAGCGGCUACCAGUUGGUAGAGAGACUACGCAGCCGACCGGAAACGUCGCCGCGGGAGAAGAAGAUAUGGAAGAACGCGGGGGAUGUCGCCACGCUUGUUGCACAGGUGCUGAUAACGCGGUGCAUGGUGGUGCCGCGCUGCCAGGGCGCGGCGCGCGGCGCGCUGUACUGCUGCGCGCGCGCGCUGGCGCGGCUGCUGGGCGCGCGCCGCCUGCCCGCCGCCGCCGCCGCGCUGGCCGCGCCCGCCGCCACCGCGCGCCACCUGCACACGCUGGCGCAGGCGCUGCACGCGCAGCUGCACGCGCAGAACAUAGAAGACAUGAACUCGUUCGUGUGCGAAUUGUACGUGCGUGCUAUCACCGCCGGUAUGAAUGAACUGGAGAAGCUCAAACUUAAGACUGAAAAGGAAGCAGAGGCCCGCAGUAUGGAGCAGACAUUAGCCACUUGGUUCACAUCACUCGGUUCCGUAUUAUCCUGUAGUAAUCGGAUUCAAUGCGAGUGUGCACUUACUGCUUUCUCCGUGCACCCCAGCGCUCUCAUGUACGAAAAGAUCAAGAUGGCGCCGCCUCUGCCUAUCAUAGCGGAGAAAAACGAUCCGAAAGAGGAGACGAAAUCGGAAUUCGGCAGCUGGGCAAACGACAGCCGAUCCCAAACCAACCUGGUGAAGACUUCGGAGACUCUGAACCUGAAGCAGAUUCAGCAGCACACGAAUGUGAUGUCCACGGCGAUAUUUGCUGAAGGAGAGGCAAUAGGGCUGUCUGCCGAGUUAUGUCAGGAUCUCACUGUGUGCUUGUCCGGCCCUAGGGUGAAGACUUUAUCGUGGGAUAUGGAUAGGGAGGUGCUUCUAGAAAAUUGUCGAACUUAUAUGGAGCGUACUCACAGUGGGACUCGCGCCCUCACCACAGAACUCAAAUACCUCAACCUGGACCCCAGCGAUUACCAGCAUCUGCCUGAGGAAGAGGAUGACGAGAACGACGUCUACUACGGUAUUGAGAAAGGUUACGAACACUUAGUGGAACUUCAAGAGGAGGCCGCGUGGCAAGAUCCCAUCUUUGAUCAUGAGGCCACCGAAACUGCAUAUUCAAGUUGUGACGAACUGUUUGAUAUUACUACAGUUAAACAUAAGAAGAAGAAACGAAUUCCUUUAGCCUCUGAUAAUGAAAUGGAUCCAUUAAGUGCUGAACCUGAAACUGAUAAAGGAGAUAAGAAAAAAGAACGCCCACAUAGCAAAGAGAGAAGUAAAGAGAAAACGAAAAAAUCAAAAGAUCCAGAAGAAAAAGAAAAGAGGAAAGAGAAGAAAAAAGAAAGGAAGAAGGAAAAAGCUGCGAAAUCUGGGUCUUUAGCGUCACUUAUUGGCGUUAAAGUAUCCACAGAAUUGGGAUUACCAGCAGUUUCUGAUAGCGACUACGACAGUCAAGGAAAGUCGUCGUUAGCGUCCGAAGGAAACGAUCCUAGCAUCAUUUUUGAUGGUCUAUUCUCCAUGGAUGAUCCACUAUCAGACAAACCUUUUAUGAAUACCGAACUCGGUGUAGCCAAUGGUCAUAUAGCCAUUAAUAAGGCCCUCAAAAAGGCUCCUACUGUUAGUAAAAAGAAACCAACCACCACCACUAAAAGUAGUACAAACACAUCUACGUCAGAAACGAAACCUUUGCAUAAUGUUAAAAGUGUCAGUAGUCUAUUGAAUGUGAAUACAAAAUCACCACGGCCGUCAGCUGUAGGUGUAGUGAGCGAACAAGUAAAGAGAAGCAUAACAAAAUUACUUCAGUUUAGGCGUAAACAGAAUUCUAUGCUUGCAAACAAAAAUAUUCAUAGCAAUACUCCGAAAGUUGAACAUAAACCGCUCAAUGCCAUAUACAAACCUGAGUUCCCUACUCAACCAUUUAUUAGUCCUAAAUCAGUCGUUGUUCCAGAAAUACCCAAAUCGUACAUAAACAAAGCAUCAGUGGAGAGAUUGGAGGUGGAAAGAAGUCCACCCAUGUUACCUAAUAACACUAUAAUUACAGAAACAAUGGAUCAUAAUUCAAAGAGGUUUAACAGUAACAGUCAACAGAUCCUCUCAACACAGAGUCCUAAUAGAAGUAGUAUUGAAGCAGCUCCAUCACCGUCUUUCAUUAAUUCAGAUCUGUCCGUUAAUGAAUAUAAAGAUAUUUUACAUGUUCCGAAUUACUAUCAAAACCUAAAGCCCAAUUCACCAAACAUUCUAUCUACUAAAAAGUGUAGUAAGCAACCGCCGCACAAUAAUUCCAUAUCCUUGACUCGAGGAGUAACGCCAAAGCCUCAAGAAGAUCCAAAGAAUUUAGAAGAUUACUCGAGAGAUAUUAAGCCAACAUCUAGUCCUUUCACAGGUGUUAUAGUAAAGAAAGACUUUAGAAUGACUAGUCGUGUGUCGCCAGCGUUACAAAAUUUGCCUAACACUGACAUAACAACAUCUCUUCAAUGUGCCAAACAAACCCCUCAAAAAAGAGUAGAGAAUGCACCAAAUACAUUCUCACGUCUCAGUUACUUGAAAAACAAACAGGCACUCGAAACCCAGAGUCGACAAGAAGACCUUAGCAAGCAGAUGAGAACACCAAUGGAGUUGUCGCGAUGUGUCUCAGAGUUUAAGAAUACUCAGAUCAAAUAUAUGCAAACCAAAGGCGAGACUGUUAUAACACGCCUUGAUAAUCCUCUUAAUUUGUCUUGUGAUAACGUGAAUGUUAUAAGAAAAGCAGAAACAUUCCCGUCAACAAGUAAUAGCCACACAGUCAUAAAAAAUAUGUUUCAACCUACAAAUAUUCUCCAAACACCGGUUUCUAAAAACGAUAAUGUACAAGGUACGAGUACAACUAUUGCGACAGUACCUCCAAAAACUUAUUUAUCAGAAAAAGAUCAAAAUGAUCUUUUACUCCUAUUGCGACAGCAAAACCGAAUAAAUUCUGCUGUAAAUGUUACGCAAAGUGCAAUUCCAGCAUAUAAUACACAGACACCAAAUAGUACGAGUGCAACUGAUUCAAACACGUCGAAUAAAACUGCAUCUACUAAUGUUUUGAGCAAAUCAAAACAGGGAAUUAGUGUAAUAAAUAAUAAUUUACAACAGUAUGCUUUAGGAAGUAAAGAGUCAAAGCAUUUGGGAUCGAAAGUAAAUAUCUACAAGAAUUCGACAAAUGAAUCUGGUAAAAGUCGAAUCAUCAAGAAAAGUGGUAUAGAACGAAACUAUUCAUCAAAAUCAUCCAUUAAGGAAUCAGAUAAAUUAGAUUGGCAAAAAGUGAUGAAUGCUAUUAGAGCGCAGAAAACCCCUAGCAGAGGGCCGACUGCGCUGGAAUUGACAUUGAAAGGUAGUGAACCUUCAGAUAAUAGCCUACGGAAUCAGAGGAUAAUGCGAACAAGUUCUGUGGGAGGCCUAGAUCAAGUAACGAAAACUGCUGAUUCUAUAAUAAAACAUUCCAGUAAUGUAAAACCUCAGAAAACAAAAGACACAUUUCUUCAACCAUCGUCAAACGACGUGGGCAGCGCAAAACAAACUAUCGACAGUAAAUCACUAAUGAAAGGUUCUGAACUUGAUUCACUAAAUAAAUCAAUGGAAUAUAAAAAGAUUACUAAAAAUGUAUGUUCCAAUAGACCUGCGACAGAAGUGGAUAGAAAACCAGUAGCUUUAGACAAAAAUCAAUUUGCUGCAUCAAUACCGAAACAAAAAGAUCCUUUUAUAUCUGGCAGAGAUGAUGAUUAUAAUCUAUCAGAUCUCGAUGAUUUAUUGGAUGAUGAGCUUCGUCGUGAAUUAGGAGAAUUGUCUUCAGAUGAAGAUACCUAUCGAGUACCACAGACACCGAAAGAAAUUAAAAUACGACCAUGUAGUAAAAUUAGCAACACAUCUUAUAAACAAGAUGAAAGCAUUGUUAAUUCACAAAAAAUAAAGAGCCAUUUUCCAAACACAUCAUGUAUAUCAAACGAUCUUCGUCAGUCAGAUGAAACCACACUAUCCAACAGCAGUUACUCAAAAUCGAAAGAUUGUAGUCAAAUAUAUAAGACUAAGAUGAAACCGUCUCAGCAAAGCCUGUUAAGCCAAUCUAAAGUUUUUUGUAAUGAAAAUAUUAUUCGCAAAAAUAAACCUUUGUCAGAAAGUACAGAUUUGAGUCCACAUUGCUCAAAUAUGAUGAUGUCGUCUAAUGCAAGUAUCAAUAAAAAUACUACAAAACACACAGAUCCCAGUUUGCAGAUAGAAUAUAAUACAACACAAAGAGAUACAUCAAACACGGUAACAUCUAAUAAUACUACAAUAAGCCCAUGUUUACGUGAACAAUACCCAGAUGUAGCAAAGUCUAGUAAAACAGCGUAUCUUAUUGAAAAUACAAGGAAUAUUUAUGUUACUGUGCCGCGACCAACACCUAACAUAGUUCUUUUAGGCCCAGAAAUAUAUUAUAAUCCGAUUGGUACUAUACAGAAUAAACCAGAUGGCGUGAAUCAGAAUUAUGUUAAGCAGAAUAAUAUACUCAUGACACCCUUUCCCCAACCAGCCUGUUGUUCAGUGCCAGUUAGUGCAUAUGACAUAAACACUCUUACGGUUACUACACCAACGGUGUUGGAUAAUGACAGAACGGCGUUAAAUAAGUCUAAUUUGACUGCUUAUUGCCAACAAGAUCAGUGUUUACCAACUGAAUCCGUUAAAUAUGACCAAAUGAACAUAAAGACAGAAUGUACGAAGUCCAUCAAUAAAAGUGAACAAUCAUUACAAGAAGAUGAUAUUAAUUACAACAAAAAUUCUGAGCGAAGAGUAUUAUUGGAAGUACAAGAAAAUAAUGGAGUUUGCAAUACAUCAUCGAAACUAAUUAAAAAUAAUUCCAAUCCCACAAUAGAGAUCGCAAGGGAAAUAUUAUAUGACCAAGAAAUCGCUGUCGAUAAUGCGUUAGCAAAAUCAGUUGAAAAAAGUGAAAGAGGUGAAAAAUUUGAAUCAAGUAUUACAAACGACAUAGAAAGACUCAAAAGGAAACGUUUAGCUAUUUUGAAUAGAAGUAUUAUUCAAAGUAGUAUUAACCCACCCAUUGCUUUAAGCUAUUCUCCAAUAUUCAAAAAGGUUUCUCCUAUAGAUGUUUGUCACAAAAAGUCCGAAAAAUCAAUGGAUACAAGGAAAGUGAUAAAUGUAAUUGCGCAAGAAAUUAUAAAACCACCAUCAUCAAAAAGUGACGAUUGCAAUAAAGAAUCAAACGAUGAAAACAGUAAGGAAAAUGACGGUUGUACCGUACAAUGCCGUCGUAUACUACUGCGAUCAUCGAAUAAAAACAUACCAAAAGUUCCUCUAGAUUUCACCGACCAAAAUCCUAUAGGUAGGAAGACUAAAGUAAGACUUAAAGCUCCUGUUAGAAAUAUAACUAAUGAAGAUAGCAGUAUAGAAGUUAAGCCAGGAGACUGUCUCAAUAUAAAUAUUGUUAAUGAGGAUGCAGAAAUACCAAGCAAGCAUAAUCAAAGUAAGAAAAUAAAAAGAAAAACUGUAAGGAAAAGUAAAGUUAAUGUUGAUAAUGAUACUAAGGAUCAUUGUGAGAGUGCGAUCAUACCCAUAAACUCUAAUAGUUUUGAUAUCGAAGAUGCUUUGUUAGGUUCCAUGAUACCCAAUAAGAAACUGGUCAAGCCUGAGUCGGAAUUGGUAACAACGGCAUCCGUAGCGAAUGAAAAAUCUGAAAUAAGCAGAAAUAAAUCAUCGAAAGUAGUGAUUUUACAAAACAAGAAAGUUACUUUGAAACGAAAACGUAAAAUACCGAAGGUAAUGGUCACUGAUAAUGAUCAAGAUUACAAUAAAAUUGCGGCAGAAAACAUAGCGGUCAUUAACAACAGUUUAUCAGGCAUCCGAUUGGAUAACCAUAGGAGUUCAGUGGAAAAACUGCCAAUCGAGAAGGAAAUACAAAAAAUACGAAUGAAAGGUUUUCAUAUAGAAAAUAAUUGUUUAGAUAAAAUUAUAAUAGCUAAGAAAGGCCAAACUUUUAUUUCCAAUGUGCAACCUAUUCUAAAUAAUGAUAAUACCAAAAAAGAACGUUCAAAGGGUUUUAUAGAUAAUGUAACAAAGACACAACCUUUAGAAUGGGAUAAUUCUGUCGAUGCUAUAAAAAUUACAUCCAGUAGUAAGAACAUUUAUGUACCAACUGACAAAAUCAUAAAUGUAUUAACAAGAAUGGCUUCCAAGAAAACUACAGAGCAAAAACGAUCACAAGAAGAUGAUAAAAACAUAGAAAGUAGGAAAGGUAAUUGUUUUCAUAAUGUUUUUGAAAGUCCACCUAUAAUAUCAGAUAAUUUAUUACCAGUGAUAGACGAUGGGUCCCAAAUUAUUAAGGAGUGUCAUGAAAAAUUCACUAAAACAGAUCGUUUAGAAAACAAACAAAAAAAUGAUAAUUAUUCGAAAAAUACGAUUUUAUCCUCCAAUAUUAUUCAUAAUAUUAGUACACCAACAAAAGCCAACAAAGAGGUGAAUCAGGUCAGACAAUCUCAAGAUACUGUUCCAGAAGUGGAAAAUAUUGGAAGCUUUAAGAAUAUUUUUGAAAAUUCAUCUAUUUUGACUGCAGAUAGAGUAUACUCUGUACCAAUCGAAUUUGAAUCCAGAGUUGAGUGUCAUGAGAAAAUAAGCACGGUAAAUCUUGAAGAUAAUGAUGAAAAUAAGAGCGCUCUAUUGUUAUCGGACUCAACAGAACAAAAUAAAAUGAUUGAUUUUGGCUCUGAGGAAGCCACGACCAAACCAACUUUAUCAAGUUCCAUUGUAACACCCAAUAUAUCUAAUGAUAAAAUAUCAAAUAAAAUGCUAUGUAAAACGAUGAAUCAAGACGAACAGAACCAAAAUGUUAGUAAAAAUGUGAAAAUCCAAAGAGAUAUUUUUGAAAAUUGUACUGUCAAGAUUUCUAAUCAAAUAUUUGAUGUACCUUUCGAAUCUGAUAAAAAUCUUCAGGGAAUUCAUAAUGAUACUAGAACAGUUCAAAUAUCAACUGAAAACAAUGAAGUCCCUUUGUGCGCACCGGCAGAAAUAAAAAAGAAAGUUUCAAACUUGUCUUUACCAAGUAUGGCAUCGAAAAAAGUUGCUGGCGGUAGUAAAAUAUUACAUGAAAAAACACGAUUGCCACCAAAAGAUAAUGCAUCUUCAGAAUUAAGUUCUAGUGAUUCAGCAAAGUUUAACAUACCACAGUCUUAUAAAGAUAGUAUUAUCAUCGAAGAAAUUCCUAAUGAUAGAACUGGUGUAAAUGUAACAACACUGUUAAGAAUAAAGUUACCAAAUGGUAAAAUUUUCAAAGCAUCCGUUUAUGGCAAAAUGCAUUCUUCCUUUGAUUCGCUUUUCGAAGAUCCAUCAUUACGGGCGAUGCUUAUGAGUGAUUUUAAGGAACAGAAGAAAUACACAUUGAAUAUUAAACAAGUUUCAAAAACGAAUAAAGAAAACCCUGAUAAACCUUUAGAAAGUAGAAUUCAAGAAAUCCAAGUAGAAUCUAAAAGCAUAAAACCAGCUAUCAUAGAAACAAUUGAUUUAUUAAGUGACGAUGAAGAUCAUGAUGACAAUUUCUUUUUUACAACGAAAUCAGGUGUUUAUAAAACAAGUAUCAAAGAUAAAGCUAUUCUAGAUAAACAUCAAGAAAAGCUCAAUCAGAAUUGUUGUGUCCGAUUAGAAAGGCUUGUUCUACCUGAAACGAAUGUUAAUGAAGAAGUUGAUAUAAUUGAAAUUGAUGAUUAUUGCAAAAGUUUUAACCAGGAAAGUUGUCCAGCUAUCGAUUUGAAUAUUGAUACGGCGUCUAUAGUAGAUGUGCAAAAUAUGCUAUCUGACAUACCGCCUGUUCAAAAUAAAAUCACAGAAAAUAGUCAAGAUAGUUGUUCGGAUCUUAUUGAAAUUGACGAAUCCUCUAAUGAUAGUGUAGAUCUUUUAAAGAAUUGUCCUGAUUUUCCAAUAGAUUUCAUCGCGGGUGUAUCCUCAGUUUCAGACUUUGAUGAAAAACUAGAGGUUGCCAACUUUGACACCGUAGAUAUUUGUAGUAUGAUAAACAAAACGGCAGAAAUUAUUUGCAACGAAAAAGAAAUCAACAUCUUGGAUGGUAGCAUCAAUAUUGCAAAAAGUACUAGUAGUAUCGAUAAAAUUGAAAAAUUUGCAAAUGCCAAUAUCGGUGAAGUCGAAAUAAAUCUUGAAAUGAAAAAACCUGGUGACUUGGUGCACAAACAAAAUGAUGUAGAGGCAACAUUUAACUCAACCUGUGAUGAUAGUAUUGAGAAAGACCAAUGCGAGAGAAUUUUACUAAAAUCCCUCAAUUGUUACGUGCGAUUAACGAGGUGUGAUGAUCUCGUUGAAAAUUAUAAUCGGCUAAAUAUUUUAAACAGAAGCUGUUCUGUGAGCCUCGAAAGGUGUGAUUCGAUUGUUAAGUCUUUAAAAUGUCUGCAAGAGGAGAUCGGUGCAAUGGAAUACUGUGACAAGUCUAUGAAGACAGAUGUAUCAAGCAUAGCAACUGCUUCAAUACUUAAUGAUUUUUCAAUUCUUCCUGAAAAUCAAUAUAAAGAAAAGAUUGAAAAUGGCAGAAACUCACCUGUUAUUGAGGUUUUCGAAAUAAUAGCAUCUUUGUGUAAAAAUUACAAGUAUAAUCUUGCUAUGGAAACUAUGCCUCUUAAGCUUGAAUGUGAUUGGUUGCUAACCAAGCGGCAAAUGCAUCAUCAACACGAAGUUAUAGAUACAAACUACAUGAAAAAUACGCAGGAUAUUGAUAUAUCUUUAAAAAAAAUUAACGCUGGUGUAAUUGCUAUACCGCCUAGUUUAUUUUCACUUUUGUGUGUAUUUUUUCAAAAGAAUAAUAAUAUUUUGCAGUAUUUAAAACCACUGGAAAAAUACAAUAGUGAUAUAAAUAAAAAUAAUUUUUCAGAAUUAAAUCUCAAAAGAAAGAUGUCAAACCUUGCUGAUCACAUGAUAGCAAGUAAAAUAUCUAAAAACACACACAAAAAGAAGUUAACGGUGACUGAAAACAAGAAGAAUCAUGAAGAUCCACAUUUUGUGUUGUCUGUCAAUUUACUACCAUGUCAAAGCAAAGAUAAUAAAACUCAAGUAAACGUAGAUGACAAUGUGAUGGGCAAACAAACUAAGCUUUAUAAUGGAGUUAGUAUUACUAACUCAGAAAUUAAAAAUUUACAACAAAAUGAGGCCAAAGACAGUGAAAUGAAUAUCACAGAUAAUUUUACUGGCGAAGAUGUGUGUGCAAUCCUAGAUUACUAUCAAGGUGGUAGUGCUCAUCAUGCCAUUAUGAUAAACAACGAAACAGGAAAUACUAAUGAUUCUGUUAACAAAGGUUUAUGUGCGAUCAUGGAAUGUUAUAUGGCAAACGAAGUUACUGAUAUUACGAAUUUACAAAAUUCUGCUAACAUUUCUGAGAUAACAUCAAAUCAGGAUUGUGAUGCAAAGGCUGAAAGCACGGAAAGGGAACUAGCAAUCGUGAACAACAUCACAUCCAAUGACAGGAUUAAUAAUCUAAAGUUAAACACAGAAGUAAAGUUUAAAACAGAAAAUGAUAAGUCUUUGGAGAAAUUUACAGAAGUCGAAAAAAUGUCAAUGGUAAAAAUAUCUACUCCAAAUCAACAAUUGGAAAACAUGUGUAUAGAUCGCCUGCUAAAUGAAAACAUUGCGACGUCAGACAAUAAUAUUAACGAUGCUAAACCCCAAUGGGAUAAAGAACUCACAGCUAAAGUAGAUAAUGUACAGGGGGACAUUUCAGAGAAGUUUAAUGAUAAAUCAGAUUUGGUUCAACCACAUGACCAAUGCAUUUUACUUGUUAAAGCUAAUGAAGAUCAACGUGUACAAAUAAAUGAGGCGGGCGUUUUAAAAGAAAUAGAUGAACUCUCUGGUGGAAAAACGACGACAAUAGAAGUUGAACAAAAUAGUUUUGUAGAUGUUAAAGUCAAUUUGGAAAAAAGUUUUAAUCCGCAAUAUCACCAAGUGAAUACGAAAAAUAAAUGCAAGAAUGCGCUUAAUGUAGAGGAAACAAAUAUCGCAUGUAUUGAAUGUAAUGAAGAUAUAGACAGUAAAAAAAAUCAAGAAGAAGAUAUAAUUAAUAAUAUUACCGACUCGAACGAUGCAGCCCAGGAUUGUUCAUCUGAGAUACUAAAAAUUAAUAACGAACUUUUUAAACAUACGGUGCAAGUGGAAAAGUUAUUGGAAUCCAUCCCGGAAAAUGUCAAUGCUCUUAGUUUACAGAAAUAUAAAAAAUCAAAGGAAUCAAAAGUGCCCAGAGAAGAAGUUAAAAAUUCAAAUGUAGCAGAAGUGUUAAGUCAAGAUAUUUAUGAAAAAUCCAAAGCGGAAAGUUUAGAUAUGGUACAUAAACAUAGUCAUAUUCAGCAAUUGUCAAUAUUAUCAAAAAAAGAAAAUGAUUUUGCAUACGGCAGUACAAAUAAAUUUGAUGAUGUUACUGUUAUGGAAUAUUUCCAAGGUGUCCUUAAUAUGAAUAAACCUGAAUGCAGUACAAAUAUAAACUCUAAUGUUGAUGAUAAAUCAAAAACUAUUAAUGUAGUUGAGGGGGAAAUCAUAGAAAGCAGAGAAAAUCAGGCAAUUGAUCAGAUGGGUAAUGAAAUACUACUUGAUUUAGACAAAAAUUUCGAAAAAGACGGUUCUAUUUCUUUAGACAUAACAUGUAACGAUUAUGAAAAUAAUGAUUCAACAAGAGAGUUAAUUCAAGGGAUUAAAGAUAAAACUUCGAAUGAAACAGAGCAAAUACAUUCUGCCAAACAUAGUAACAACUCUAUAACCCAAAAAGGGGUUCCAGAUGAUAAAUUUAAUAAUUUAAACGAAAAUAUAACAAAACAAUUUAAAGCUCCAAUUCAAAAUAAACUUGGUGAAGUAGACAAAACUCCUAACGCCGCAAAAGAUGAAAAGGUUGUCAAUGAAAAUGUUAAUAAUAACAAUGAAAUUUCCGAAACUGUCAUUGAAAAUAAAGAAAUUGACAAUGAAAAUGUUGAAACUGUCAAUGAUAAAAGUGAUACUGUCCUUGAUAAUACUAAAACUAAUAUUGAAAAUAUUGAAACUGACAAUAAAAAUGUUGAUCAAGAUAAGUGUUUACUAAAAGGUAUUGAAUUUGAAGACCCUGAUGUGGGAAUUUUAUACGUUUUGUACCCUAUAGAUGAUAGUGAGAGUGAAACGGCUACAUUUAAUGACAGUUCUGAUGAUAUCACUGAUGCAAUCGAAGCAAUAGAAGGUUCUGAUGAAAACGUUACUGGUAUCUGCAGCAAUAAAGAUGACGAUUUAGAAGUUUUGAAUGUUAAUAUUCCUAAGAUGACGUAUUCUAAGCAAUCUGAAUACGAUUUAAAACUCAAGUCAACUUUAAAACGUAAGAUAUCUUUCACGGAUCCAAAAUUCACAACAAAAAGGUAUAGAAAUGGAAAAAAUAUUGAUUAUCCUAAAAUUACAGCUGCUGCUAUACUAGAACAGGGUUAUGCUAAAGAAUAUAAACGUGUUUUAAAUUAUUCAAGCUCAUUAAAAUUUUCAUAUAACCAACCAUUUCAUAAAGACUAUGUCGAUACAAACGAUUCAAUAAAAAACUGGCCAAUUCAAGGUCCAUGUGUUUCUCAUCCAGAGCUUUCUUCAGAAAGUCAUUGUAAUCUAUUCACAGACGUAGAAAUGAAUCCUAAUUAUGAGCCCGAGGCUCUAAAACUAACACUAGAAGAAGAAAUAAACCAAAAUUAUAAUGUAGUUAAUGAGCCUUCAUCUGAUAUUAAGGAAACCAAUUUCAAUAUGGGUUUUGGUGAGGGGUCCGGCAGAGUCAUACAAAAUUUAGAAGAUGUAGGUGACAUUUCAAAAGUUUCGGCUGCGACUCUGUCGGACGUAAAACAACCUCAGCCGUUUUUAUUGUCCGAAGAUUGCGAGGAUAAUCGCAAUACGAAAAAUGCUGCAAUAGACGAUCAAAUUGAGAAAAUACAGCGUUAUUUAACAUACAUAAAACUACGAGAGAAUGUUAAAUCUUUCUUUCAGAAGAACUCUAUUGAACUUAUAUAUAGUAGGACUAAUAAGAAAGAGCAAGACGUGCCAUUUAACAAAAAGUUGGAUUCUUCUAAUUUCCCUUUUGAUUUAUACAUACAAGAUUUUAUAGAUCCCUGUCCUGUUGAGGCUAUCGUGCAAGUAGUACAGGUGGGGCAAUUGCCAGUUAGUGCUGCUGCUCAGAAUCCUGUAACAUGUGACCCACGUGUCACUCAAGUGUCCGAUGCAAGUCCAUCUCAGUGCUCAGCCGAAAAUAGUCCACAUGAUGACUCAUCGACGCCUAUCAAGACUGAAUACACGGAAUUAACUACAGCAGAUUUGACUCUCCCUUUAGUGCAAGAAUAUAUUCAACAUGAUCAAACAAUUUCGAUGGAGUCUCACCAAAGUCAAAAUAUAUCAAUGCCCGAUGAAAACAUACCCAUUGAGACUGAAAUUAAAUCUGUAGUUAAAAUAGAGUUGAUGGAAGAACUUCCAGAAGAAAAAGAAGAGCUAUCAGAACCUCUAGAAAAUACUGACAUACAAUCUAUGGAAGUGAACCACAGCAAUAACGAAUACUCUUUUGAAACAAAUAAUUCAGAAAAUACGUAUGAAACAAAUACCGCUAUGGCCACUGAAUUCGAACCAAAUAAUACUAAAGCCUCGGAUGAAGCUAACAUGCAAAUUUUGUUUAAUUGCUCAGAAAAACCAACACCUGAAGACAACUUUCCUGAGCAAAAGCAACAAAAUGGGUCUCAAGAAAAGACCGAUCAGAUAGCACAUGCCAUGAGCGCCGCUGGUAUAACCACAACAGCGGAAACUAUAGCCAAUAAUAGAGCACAGGCAUUAGUUAACAUAUUAUCCCAAAAAAUGAGGCAAGGAGCUGUCGGUGGUAAUACGACAACAUCAAAUAGUUACCCGAAAACUACUGCGAUUAACGCAAUGGCGCUUCAACAAGCACUGGCGCAAAUAUUGCCUCCCCCAUUAAACCAAACUAAUGUCAAUGAUAACAGUCAAGCAUCCAAUACUCAAGUGGCGCCACAAGUUUUACAUAUCGUUCAAGGUAAAAAUGCAUCAGGCAGUCAAAUCACGCUCGUUGAUAAUUCUCAACAAUCUGUUAUCAGCGGCACCAACGCUACACCAGUUCUCCAUAUAGUUCAGAAUAAAGCUGGAACUCCUGGUGCUACAAAUGGCACACCCGGUACUCAAACAAAUUCAUUUAGCGGUUUGUCCUUAGUUGACACAGGACUACAACAAGGCGGUAAUCAAUUAUUGCAUAUUGUGAAUACUGGAAGCCAGAAAAAUAAUAGUGCGGGCCAGUUACUUAAACGAGUAAAUCUUCUCACAAAUUUGGCAAAUGUGCAAGGCUCGAAUGAACAGAAAAUGGUGCAGUUUGUAUGCAAAUCAGCUGAUGGGAAGUCGAUUCAGCUUAACGCCCCACAUCAAAGAAGUAUGGUUUUGAGGCUGCAGCCUAUUGAAUCUCCCGUUCCAGCUGCUCAAACAAAACCUGCCGAAAAUAAAGAAUUAAAUCAAUCGCCAUCAGCCACAACUGCAUCUAAUAAGGACAGUGCUGCGUCACAGCAAGAAAUAAAAUCACGUUCCAUAUAUGAAGAAAAUUACGCAAAAUUUAUUCAGAACUCUUCUACAAAACCAUCAGCGGCCGCUGAAAAAUCAACCAGUCUGCCGAAAUUUAACCAAGCGUUUGGCAAACCUGUAUUUCAAGAUGGUACACAAAAAUCCGGUGAAAUUAGUAGCAACAAUAUGACAUCAGUAAAUACUCCAUCUGAAAACAAUGAAUGUCAGCCCACCGAUAAUUCUAUUAAUCUAGAGCACAUAAGUCAAAUGAAUAGUCCACCAUUAUUAAUAAGGAAAUCAUCAGCUCAAACGUCUCAAGCCCAAACCAACUUGGUACAACAAAUAAAGCAAACUAUAGCCCCUAUGAACAUACAGACCAUGCACGGGGGCGUGAUUUAUACCCGUCAAAUACCUGUUAAUAUUGGGGGUGGGCAAACAAUUAAUCUUAUUACUGUACCCAGCACUGAGCUCAUUGACGAAUCCGGACAAAAGCAAGUCAAUCAAGGCGAAAUAGAACCGUCUAUUAUAAAAAUCGUUCCUCAAAGUCAACCCACUAAUAACUCUGAACUGGCAGCUGAAGACAAUGGGAAUAAUUUGGGUGCCACAAAUGAAAAUAAUCAAAAUCCACAACCGCAGCCGGUUCUGACUCAAAUGAGGAUAAAGUUACCAAUGCUCAGUAAGACGCCGCAAAUGGUGUCAGGGGCGAGGGUGGUGAGGCCUUCGUUCUUUCAGAUACAGAGAAACGUCAUAGGGGGUGCAAAUCAACCUGUCUAUCAACAGUUAGUAUUGACGGCAGCUCCACCUUUGGGGCAGCAAACUAUACGUUUACCUACAGCGCAAGCGACUAGACCACAACUAAAAGUACCGUCCGAAAGCCAGUCCACUGAAUCAAUGAGUUCUUCUACGCUAGAACAAUUGAGGGAAUUCGAUAUGGUGCUCGAGCAGGUCAAGGAAAGGAGUACCGUUCAACCAAAUUCUAAUGCCACUAACACUUUUCCUAAGCUGCAUACACCGACUUCUGAUACGACUGAUAGCGCUACAUCAGCUGCGGCAACACCCGCAGAGCCCACUCAGGUUCUGUACUCGAUUGGAAACAACCAGUCGCUAAAUGUUGCAUACGUAAACAGAAAGACGACAGUUGCUACUACUCCAACAACGUCUUCCUUUGUGCGGUCACCAGAUUCAUCCGGUAUCGCUGAUUCUCCUACAUCGUCAACUCACGUUCAGUUGCCGCAUACCGUCACUUCUGAAAGUACGUCAAGCGAAACUCCUAGUCAGCCAAAACCAGCCAAAAUUGGUUCUAAGUCAAAAUCUAGACCUAAGUCGUCAUCAAAUCCGCCUAACACCAUGAAAAUAAAUCCAGUGCCCCCGAAAACAUCUACUCAAAAGCCGUUAGAAGACGAACAGACUACACAAAGGAUAUUGUACAUUUUAGCGGAAUACAAAGAACAGGUGGAGAAUUCUCCAGACAAAGACAAGCCUGCUCCUCGCAGACGGUCAAAUCCUCCAUCAAAUCCUUCAGGGUCCUCCAAACGCAAGAAGAGUUCUAGUGGCUCUCGACGCCCGGGAGGUCGAGAUAUGAGUCCAGUGCAUGGAGAUGAUACAUGUCGAACUAUGGGUUCCGAGGACAGCAGUUGUGGUACAUCCCAAGGCGACUGCAACGAAAGUUGCCUAGACAGUCACUCUCCUCAAGAUAGUCCACGGAAGAUUGUAAGAAAGUUGACGUUUGAGCAGGAGAAUCCGAUACAACAGCCGCGGCCACAGCCUCAGCGCAAUGUCAUCGUCGCGGAUGGCCAGACUAUAACAGUGGCUCGCGGGACAGCAGGGAAACCGGCUACGGCGGUUCUCAUGCCAGCGAAUUAUAUCUUGCCAGUGUCUAUGGUGAAAGGCGGUCAGCAGAUAGCUAUAGUGACGAACCGCGGCCCAAAGUUGCUUACAGUUGGGGGUGGGGAGGGUGGUACCACUAAUGCAUUAUUGCUUCAACGUUUGAUCGGCCCGGCGGGCCUUAAACCGGUAUUAGCCCGCCCAGGAGUAAGACACGUCCGAUUGCCGACAGCGGCACUGCAUAACCUCCAAGCUUUCAACUUGGCGACGGCUGCGACUGUUCAACCUCCGGACAGUACGGCAUCGCCUGCGCCCGCGCCGACGCCGCCCGAGUUGAUAGAAACGCGGGCUGCCAGUUCACCGUGGACCGACCGAGAAUCGCAAGACGUGAAGCCUGAGAGAGGUUCGAGUCCAGAAGGUUCUGAACCAUGGAAUCUGCCGUCGUCGGCCGAUCCUCACGACUAUACGUACGAGGAGACUGUGAGGGCGGACAACAUGGACAGAACUGUUCUUGUUGUGCAGAAGAAGGACGGCACUUCUCAAAGACACCACCGGCUUACACACGUCUCCGCGGCGGCGUUGAGGCACAAAUAUGCCAUUCUGGAACAUGAACUGAGGCUGCAGAAAUCUCUAUCGGAGGAGUGCGAAGACCUGGGCGUGGAUUCUCCAUCAGCUUCGGAGUUGUUCCCUGAGGCUGAGCUGCUGUUCGCGGCAUCUCCAGCGCAUGACCACACCCAGGAUCAAGGCCAGCAGUCUCAUACGCCACAACCGACACACAUGAAUCAGAGUUCCAUACCACAACCGGACAUUGACGACCAAAUCGCGACCGACCAGCUUCUCCCGCGGGAAGACAUGGAGAGGCAACAGCUGGAGCUCGGUCUGGACGAUGUGGGCAUCGUCAGCGUGAACUCCCACGGGAUGCAGACGAUAGCGUUAGACCAUGAGGAGUUUGCGCGGGCGCAUCCUAACACCACCUUCCACAGCGAGCCCACUGAUGAUGCGCCUGUACAACCAUUCACAAUAGCGGGGCUGAAGGGCCGUCACAUAACUUCGACCAUCUUCCACUCCAACCGAGCACCAGCCACCGUGCUCAUGACGGCGCCGCAAACCACGGUUAUAUCGCAAGCCGCCGCCGAGCCGGCCGCGCAACACGUAAAAUACGAUAUAGACAACAUGAUCAACUCCUUGCCUUCAUCACACAACAACAUAAACCUAUCCUCGGUACUCGUCAAAGACGAUGGCCUAACCAGGUUCGAUAAUAUACUCAACGACUCCAGAGAACUACACCUCACCAACACGGCGUCAGCUAUAGUCCACUCCACUGGCAACGCGACGCAAGUCAUAAGGAGAGUCUGCUACGACGACAAAAGAGACAGGGAUUCCAGCUUCCUGAUGGACGAGCCUGAUGCUCUUAUAGCCGGAGAUGACGCCAAAAUGAUAGCCGAAGACAGCUCACGAGACGCCACUCUAGAAUCUAUGGCUGAUGUAGACGACGACAGGUCUUCCCCGGAACGACACACGGAGCUGUUCUGGGAGUCCAAUUCGGCAUCAGAACGAUCGGAAAGCCGGAGACCUUUGGACUUUAGCAGCGACAGCGACAAAUGUUGCAAAAGUCCCUCCUACGACGAAACUAAUUCAACGGACUCUAGCGGAGUCGGUACUCACAUGAGACUCGACUCUGUGAUCAAAGACGCGAGGGGAAUCGAAAGGAGCGGUAGUGCGGACGGCUCGUCGGCCGACGACACGCACCCGCCGCUGCGCACGUACCCGCCCAAGCGGAUGUACCAUCCCCUGGAAGGGGAGAUGGAGAGGAGUCUGUCUGGGAAGACUCGCGCCGGGGAACGCUCGCCUGACAGCCUGGAAGUGCGGAGGAGAGCGUCGGGCCGCGGCGUGGUCAAACGCGGCUGCCACUGCUGCAACGGCUCCCCCGCUCCCCCCAGACCGAAGAAAUCGCGACAACGGAAGCCGACCAUGGAUUUCCACACUAACUGAGACGAUUGUGAUUAUAUGUACUUGGGCAGCUCCGAGCGGGCACUCGCCGCCGGCUGCCAGACUGAAUGCGAUCUCUUUACUGACGAGGUUUCACUUUUUAGCUGUAUUAUAAAUAAUGAAGAUUGUUGAAAUUGUUUUGUAUAUAAUUUUAUAAGUAUAAUCUAUAGUUAAGUUCACGACAGACUUAAGCGAUGUAUUUUGUUAACGUUUUUUCUUAAUUCGAUUUUAGUAGUUCCUUUUAGUUGUUAUACAUUUAUUUUUGUAAGCUGUAACUGCAUCAUCACCUAUCAGUUCAAAGUCUUGAUAUAAAAUAAAACUAUUUGAGUUUUUUUUUAUUAUUUUCAUUGUUACAUUUACUUCAUGUAAUAUAUCCAUAUACAUAUUGUAUCGAUUUAUGCGCUGUAUAAUAAAUACAUUGUACUUCUAUAGGUUACCUCCAUAUUAGUGUAAGUGUUUUCGUUAGUGAUACAGGCCAUACUCAAAUAUGAAUUUAAUCGUCUUUAGAUAUAGAAACGUAUUAUUUGAGCCAGUCAUUCGAUGUUAGACUGACGCGCUAUCUUGAGCGAUGUUUAUCUGUGAGUAGAUUUUAGUUGUAUACUUCCACGCCAUGCACAAACUGACCGUGGCUUCAUUCACGUGUCAUUUUCGACAUUCAUUUAUACAAUACCCCCGUGCCAACGAAAACAUUUGACGCGGUACUUGCUCUGUUUCCCAAAGUUAUUGCUGUAUUUAAACUUUUAUAGUAGCGAUGUGUUAAGAUAGUGUGAAUUUAAUAUCCAAUAGUGUAAAAGAUGUAAAUAUUUUGCCUCCCAAUUUCGGGGGGCUAUCUAGUCACUAUAGUAUCGAUAUUAUAUUAGUCUAUCGUAGGCCCAGGGCGUUCUCGGACUGGGUCGCUGUGUAUUUGUGGCUUAAAGCCCUAGCUUUCGUGCAGUAUUCUACCGCUUGUGUAUAUAAACGUGGAUGGUACAGUAACCGGACGGCGAUUGUUCGAAAUUCAUUCCGAAUUUGUAAAUAGUGGGUGGUAAAUUCUAGUGAAUUUAUUGGUCGCGUGCGGCGAUCGUUUUAGUGAAAAUUAUUCAGAAAAUGUUCACCCUGGGUCGGACUUGAUUUAACUGAUAGUUCAGAACUUCAUAUGUAGACGUUAAGAUAGAGUUAUUAGGUAAAAUUAACUCGAUCAGAGCGUGUCGCUCUUGGUGUGUGGCCACAGAAGCGAUUGCGUGAUCAACCAAUCACAAUGCGUUUGCGCACGUCUCCUGGUUUGUUGAUUCCGGCGCAAACUGCUUGGGUGUGCAACCACCCUUAGUCGCGGGGCUAUGGCGGACUUACGCUCACGUUCGCCUUACUAAAGGCACUAAACUAAUAUCCAGUGUUACUGUUUGUGAGUAUGAAUCAUUCGGUGUAAUAAUUUAUGUUCAAGAAUGAAUCAAUCUUCUGCCAUUUUCUAAAAAUAAGGUUCAAAUUUUUUAUAUAAUCCAGUAUGUUGUUAUUGUUCGGUAAACUUUAGGUAACUUACCUCCGAUGUUAACUUCAAACAUACAGUAUUGCGUAUGCGUUUCUUUUUUGUUAUAUUUUUCACUUAGACAUAUAAAUUUAUUAGCUGUAAAAACUAAUAACUAAUGUUUAGGAGUUUUCAUCUUUAUUUUUAAUUCGACCGACUGUGUUUCGUGAUUAUGUAAAAUUAUUUUUAAAAGUGCUACAGGAGAAAUGAUCAUUAAAACUUAUCUAUUAAA